GCAGCAGCAACAAAAUUAUUGCAUAUAGUUCGAAAAACGAAAAGAGAAUUCCAAAGUAAAUCGAAAUUGAAGCAUUAACAUGCAAUACAGCAGUCGCUCGGAAAACUAUUCAUCUUCAUUAAGAGAUUCACCCUCGAAAUGGUCAAGUGGCAAGGAAAGCAAAGGUUAUGCAUAUAAAACGGCAUCAUAUCAAUAUUCCUCAGCUGGCUCGGCCGGCAGCAGUAAUGCGUAUUUGGAUAAGUCGGUCGAUAAAAAUAUUGAUCAAUUGGAUGCUUUGCUUGAGGAUUUGAAAAAUGAACGUCAAAUUACCAGAGAAAGAGAUCACUCUCUCAAUUACAGAACUUUAGAACGUUCGUCUUAUGAGGAUCCCGUAGCUGGCACUGUUACAAAGUCGACCAGAGUUAUAAAGACCAGCAAUGUCCAACCAACACUGGAUGACGCGGAAUUAUUGCCUACCUCCAAUUAUAGUACACUGAGAUCGAAUGGCUCUUUGGUGCAAAGCAACGACUAUCAAACUUUAGAUAAAUCCUACAAUUCAAGAAACAUCUCUCCCGGUGGCUUUUACGAAGGCAAGAAAACGCAAAUUUAUGAAAGUAAUCGUUCACUAAAUCGACCCAUGGAAAUAAUUCCAGCUAAUGCUACUACUACUGCCACCGCCAGUACUGCGCAAAUGGAAAAAGAUUUGGAAAGUAUUGCUUUAACGGAAGACAUUCUACCCGUACCGGGUACUAAGGUAACAACGACAGUCCGAACUUAUACUUAUGAGAUACCAGCCAAUGCUCCGACAACCAAUACUUUAACACGCAAAAACUUAAUAUAUAAUAAUAUGCAAACGAACGAAAUGAAUAGCAUGGUACAGGCGCAUCCUGCUCAUGUCAUACCGCCGACUGUCGUUUAUAAUACGGAAAGUUAUUCAACUUUGCAUAAGGGUCAGGAGAAGCCGAUUUUCUCAAAUCAAAGCUAUGAGUCACGCGAGCACUACGAAACGAAUACAAUGCGCAGUACGAAUGCAUUGCCCCCGGCACCGGCAACACAUUUAAGAAAUCCACCGCCUGGUGAUACUACGAUCGUGUAUAAUAUUAAUAACAGCACUACUACCACCACCACCCGGGAUCGUUCUAAUUAUCCGCAUAGUCCCAAUCAAGGACCCAAUAUUCCUCCCUAUGCGGGACCACAUAGUCCACGCAGUUCUCACGGUCCGACCACGCAGCGUUACAUAUACAAGGAGACCACGAAUACUGUAAAUAAUAUACAUAGUCCGACUGGACCUACUCACGAACCUUUGUUGGGCCCUAAACGAGCCGGCACGCCCGGUUUACCUAAUGCUGGAGGUUACCCGCCAACAAUUAAUCCACCUAAUGUUACCUAUAAAUACUCGUCAACGACGACAAAUACACGUCGCGCUCCUGAUUAUGGUACUCCUUCGCCAACUUUACCGCCAGCACCGUUUCCCUUAGAUGGGGUCGAAUACCCUGUGGGCAAUGCUAACCCACCGCAACGUGUAGAGGAUUUAAUGCAAUCGUUGGGAAACCAAGUGGAUGUGGUGGACAAAGCUGAUUUAUCUACGCCACGUAAACGGGAAAUUGAAACGGCAGUUGCCACAUCCAAUCAGCAACAAAUAAUACCAUCGGUUAAUAGAGCGGGUAAAGAAGUUUACUAUCCGCCGGGUCAUGAAAUGAUGUUAACUAAGCGCGAAGAAAUGGCAGCUGGUUCAGCGGGAGGUGGUCGCUGGGCUAAAGCGUCAGGUAUGUACGAGUACGAAUCGGGCUACAAAUCGAAAACGAAAACAAAAUCUGGUGCUGCUAUGGUGCCGGUUUGCUUGCCUCUCUGUUGUGCCAUGCCCUGUACAAUCAUGUAAUUAAUGGUUCAAUAAAUAUUUUGCAAAUUGUUCUGGUAGCUUUUUUUUUUUUUUUUUUGUUAAAAAAACCAUACACACAAACUCGUAUUUAGCUAAUGAGUUAUAUUGUUAUUUAACUAAUCAACGUAUGUGUUUAGUCGCUCAUAAACUUUUAAUAAUUGUAUGUAAAUAAAUAACUGGUCAGUGUUUGUUUUCUUUUUUUUUUCUCUCUCU